AUGGAUUAUUUCGUCUUCAAGAUGCGCGAAUGGACCCAUGGGAGUUUCAUGUGUGCCACAGUGAACUACGUGCGGAUGGUGAGCCUGUACGUGUCCACUAACGCCCUGCUCGUCAUCACUGUGGAGAGGUACAUAGUGAUUGUGCAUCAGAUCCAGCGGCGCAUCAGUAAGAAGGGCGUGUGUGUGGUGUCCGGGCUGGUGUGGCUGGUGUCCAUGGGGAUAGCCGUGCCCUCCGCCAUGUACUCCCGGGUCGUGUCUUACCAUCACCGAGACGGCGUUAUCUGCGCGCAGGUAUGGCCGGUCUCGCUGGAAAGCACGUCCCAGGGGUACUACGUGUUCGUGGUGGUCGUGCAGUUUGUACUUCCGGUCUGCAUCAUGUGCUUCUGCUACUUCCGGGUCAUCUGGAAGGUGUGGCGCAGACGCUUCCCCGGACAGAUAACUAGAGCACAGCGGCGUGCUCACCGCAGGUCAAAGGUGAAAACCAUGCGCCUUGUCAUCAUGUUGGUGAUGUUCAUCCUGUGCUGGGGGCCUUACUACGCCUACACCAUCAUCCGGGACUUCUUCCCGGACCUCAGCCUCCAAAUGAACAAGACCGACACGGUUUUCUACGUGGUGGAGGCGGUUGCUAUGGCAAACAGCGUCAUCAAUACCUGUGUAUACGUGGCCUUCAACGACAACAUCCUGAAGUACAUCCGCAAGCUCCUGCCCUUUUGGACAGGUGUGCCCACGCCGAUUGUGAGCGAGAGCACCCUACCGAGAAACAGCCGAACUGCACGUAACCGACAGAUAGUUGUCCGCAGCAAACAUGGAACCGUCACUGUCAACAGGGUUCCCACGCCGCAUCCACAGCGACAGCGCCCUGCGUUGCCUUAAGUAGAACUUCUUUAUGAUUAAAUUCUCUUUUCUGAUUGCUGAUGUUUUGACGUAAAGUGAUCUUUUAUUGAGGUAAUAUACCGUACAGUAAGUACAUUAUUGUAAUGACUGUGUGAAUAUCGAGGUGGAGUUCAUGCACCUGUAUUAAAAUCACUAUGACUUCUAUACGUUCAUGUUUCCAAUUGUCUUGUGGAGUUUUCGUACUUACAGGAAACAUCAAAUCGUGAUGUGUUCAAAAUGUUACUGUUAGAUCUAAUUGUCACCAGUACUUUUUCAAUAUUUAUUUUUGGAAGAUGCGAUUAAAUCAAUGCAUGUUUUGGAUGUUUAUUAUUAUUUCAAUACCGAAAUACAUAGAAAUGUUUAAGGUGAAAUAUGUAUACUAGUACUCUGUUGCACACCUAUCAAGGUUUGGAAAGUGCAUUUC